UUUUAAUCUGAGAGCUUUUCGCUGGGCUCAGUUGAUGAUUUUUGCUAUUGAAGAAAUUAAUAAUGACACAAUACUACUACCCAAUAUCACUCUGGGUUAUAAAGUUUAUGAUUCCUGUGCCACACCAGCAUUGGCUCUUAGAGCAGCCCUGACAAUCCUUAAUGGUCAAGAGGAAAAUGUUACACUUUUGAAAUGUGAUGAAGUUUCUUCGGUGCAUGCACUUAUUGCUGAUGCUGGCUCAACACAAUCCAUAGCAAUCGCCAGGACAGUGGGGACUUUUGGAAUACCAGUGAUUAGUUACUUUUCUUCGUGCAUGUGCUUGAGCAAUAAAAACCAAUUCCCAACCUUUUUCCGAACUGUACCCAGUGAUUAUUUCCAAGUCACGGCAUUUGUGCAGCUUGUGAAACAUUUUGGUUGGACCUGGGUGGCAGCGUUUGGAUCCAAUGAUGAUUAUGGACACUUGGGAAUUUCGACCUUUGUGGAACAAGUCACAAAAGUUGGAGUCUGCGUUGCUUUCUCUGACUUUCUUCCCAAAGUUUAUGACAGGGAGAAAAUCCUACACCAAGUCAAGCUCAUUAAGAGGUCAAACGUCAAAGUUAUUCUUGUCUUUGCUCCUGAGAUAGAUCUAAGCUUCUUGGUGGAAGAACUUGUGCGGCAGAAUGUCACGGGUGGGACAUUGGGUUGGGCAAUUCGUAGGUCUGAUGUUCCAGGUAUUAAACAAUUCCUGGUUAGGCUCCAUCCAUCUAAGUAUCCGAACAAUGCAUAUAUUAAGCAGUUUUGGGAGGCUGUGUUUCAUUGUACAUGGACACCAUGCAACGACACAGGAGAAACAGGGCUUGGGCCUUCAAAACAAGAGUGCACUGGGCAAGAAAAUUUAAAAGACAUCCAUAGCGUUUUCACUGAUGUAUCACAAUUGAGAGUUUCCUAUAAUACAUAUAGAGCUGUUUAUGCUGUGGCCCAUUCUAUCCAUAAUAUGAUGCUGUGCAAAAAGGGCCAAGGGCCGUUUACCAAUAAAACAUGUCCAGACAUUUCAAAUCUUAAACCUUGGCAGGUCCUGCAUUAUUUAAAAGAGGUUAACUUUACAACUGCGUUUGGAGAUGAAGUGAGAUUCGAUGCUAAUGGUGAUCCUCUUGCAGCGUAUGAUCUCCUGAACUGGCAGUUGGACCCAAAUGGGAACAUUAAGUAUGUUAAUGUUGGCCAGUAUGAUGCAUCUGCUGAGCCUAAGAACCAACUUGUGAUACAGGAGGAAGCUAUAGUCUGGAAUGGAGGACAGAAAAUGAUCAUCGAAUCAAAGUGCAGUGAAACUUGUUUGCCUGGAACAAGAAAAGGAGUCAGAGCUGGACUGCCAAUUUGUUGCUUUGAUUGUAUACCCUGUGCUGAAGGCGAAAUUAGCAAUGAAACUGAUUCCGUGGACUGCUUCGUAUGUCACUCCGAUUACUGGCCAAACAUAAGAAGAGACAAAUGCAUCCUGAAGGAAAUUGAGUUUCUGUCAUUUGGAGACACCAUGGGAAUCAUUUUAACAACACUGUCUUUAUUUGGUGCUUGUACAUCAAUGGCUGUUAUAGCUGUUUUCUACUAUUAUAAGGAUACGCCCAUUGUCAAAGCUAACAAUUCUGAGUUAAGCUUCCUUCUUUUGUUUUCAUUGGUGCUCUGCUUCCUCUGCUCUCUUCUCUUCAUGGGUCAACCGACAACCUGGUCCUGCAUGUUACGACAUACAGCAUUUGCGAUCAUAUUUGUCCUUUGCAUCUCUUGCAUUCUUGGAAAAACAAUUACAGUAUUAGUGGCAUUCAGUGCAAAGUAUCCCAAUAAUGAUGUUAUGAAAUGGUUUAUUCCUCUACCGCGAAGCCUUGCUGUGUUUCUUCUGCCAUCAAUUCAGAUUGUGAUAUGUAUUCUGUGGUUGAUACUCUCACCCCCAUUUCCAGCAAAGAAUACUGAAUAUCAAAGUGUGACCAUUAUAUUAGAAUGUGACGUGGGGUCAGCAACAGCCUUUUAUUGCAUGUUGGGCUAUAUUGGUUUACUUUCUGUAAUGUGCUUUAUUCUUGCAUUCCUAGCACGUAAAUUGCCAGGUAACUUCAAUGAAGCAAAGUUUAUCACCUUCAGUAUGCUGAUCUUCUGUGCAGUUUGGAUAACUUUCAUCCCGGUUUACAUCAAUUCUGGAAAGUACACAGUAGCUGUUGAAAUAUUUGCAAUAUUGACUUCCAGUUUCAGCUUGUUGGCCUGCAUAUUUGCUCCUAAGGUUUAUAUUAUUCUAUUGAGACCAGAACUGAACACUAAAAGAAAUGUAAUGGGCAGGCCAUCCUCUAACAUAUUUUGA